AUGUCGCUCACCAUCCCCACAAAUCUCUCCAAAUCCAUCACAACCCCCAAAUUGGCUUCUCAGUUUGCCACAAAACCCAGGGCCGCCACCGUUGUUUGCCAGGCUACUUCUCCCAACCAGUCUGCCGAGCAGUCUUCCACGAGUUCCCAGCUCAAGGCGCUUUCGGCGGCGCUUGCUUUGUCCUCCAUCAUCUUAUCCGCUCCAGUCUUGCCUGCUUCCGCAGACAUUGCAGGCCUGACCCCUUGCAAAGAAUCCAAGCAGUUCCAGAAGCGGGAGAAGCAGGAGAUCAAGAAGCUUCAGUCUUCCCUCAAGCUCUAUGAGCCUGACAGUGCACCCGCUCUCGCCAUUAACGCCACCAUCGAGAAAACUAAGCGCAGGUUCGAUAACUAUGGGAAGCAGGGGCUGCUGUGUGGAUCCGAUGGGCUCCCUCACUUGAUAGUGAGCGGUGAUCAGAGGCACUGGGGUGAGUUCAUCACCCCGGGUAUCUUGUUCUUGUACAUUGCUGGAUGGAUUGGGUGGGUUGGAAGAAGCUACCUGAUUGCAAUCAGGGGUGAGAAGAAGCCCGCGAUGAAGGAGAUCAUCAUCGAUGUUCCACUGGCCAACAGUCUCGUCUGGAGAGGUUUCAUCUGGCCUGUUGCUGCCUACAGAGAGUUGGUCACUGGAAACCUCAUCGAUCCCAACGUCUAAUAUUUCAAUUCUUGUAUCUGUCAAUACCCCAAAGCUUUAUCCUUCUCUGCAUCUGUUAUGCUUGCUUUUGCUUGAUUCUGAAUAUCAAAUGUAUCGGAGAAUUGCAACGA